AUGGCUGCCGAUGAUCUUUCAAAUACCUCAACAAAUCGAUUAAGGGCUUUGCAGUAUAAUGAGAAGGUUGCUUCCCUAAACAAACAGUUCAUUAAACAACUCCAGAAAUGGAUGGAGCAAACCCCUCAUUAUGAUUUCACUGAUACCGUUAAAUCUUAUAUGGAACAUAUAAAUCACCUUUCUAAACUUUACUCAAUUAAUCAACAUGCCACAGCCGACAACAAACCUGUUAGAAGCAUUGCCAAAGCCAGAAGAAGACUAAACAGAGACUCCGUUGAUGCUGGCGAUGAGGAGGAUAAAACUAUUCCAAACAUCUCAACUCCUGCAGUUGACCCUCCACGACGCAGCAUGGCUUUCGGAAAUGUCUCUGAAAUUUUCGAUGCCAACGCUACGCCAACUGUAUCUUCAGCUCCAACUCCAUCCACAACCAGAGGUAAACGCGCUAUCCGUGGUGGAGGACUUCUUGGAGGAGAAGAGAAAGUUAUAUUCAAGGGAGCUGGUGGAAAUUCAGAUAACUCUCAAGAUGCGCCAACAUAUCCUGCUGUGACUAUUAACUUCCCUAAGCCUACUCCUGGUUUCUGGGCUAAACAAUUUGCUGGACUACCUCCAUCUGAGAAGUUUGACUUCACUGAUAACUCUAAAGAUGACAAAAAGAACGACGAAACUAUUGUCGAGAAGAAAGACGAUACCGUUGUAGAAAAGAAAACGGAGACUAAGCCAGCAACGGCUCCAGCUCUCAGCUUUGGUGGUUUCUCCAAGGCCCCAGAAAAAGAUAAGGAUUCUGCUACUUCAACUGAAACAAAGGAAGCUCCUAAGAUAGGAUUUUUCUCAAGUUUACAAACGAGUGCAUCCGGAUCCGCACCAACCACAACAUUCCCCAGCUUCACUCCUGCCCCUUUCACAGGUUUUAAUUUCGGAUCUACUGCUACAAAUGGAGUCGCUAAGCCCGCUGAUUCGGGUGCCGCUGGUGAGGCAGGAGCCGGUGGUGAUGAAGAAUAUGUCCCACCUAAGGUGGAUGUCCUUGUCAAAGAAGAUCCAGAUUCAUUCUUCACAUCUAAAUGCUCAGUUUUCAAAAUGUCUAAUGGAGAAUACUCCAAACUGGGAGUCGGUGUUAUGCAUUUGAAAAAUGUCGAUGGAAAGAAGAGUAUUCUUGUGAGAGCUGCAGUAGCCACAGGAACUGUCUGGAUCAACGCCAGUUUGAAUAAUACGGUUAAAGUAAGCGGAGUAUCCAACGAUCCUAAGGGAGAGAAAAUAAAUUUAAUCAUUCCUUUAUCAAGUACUGAAAUGGGUACGUUCCUUGUGAGAUUCGCUAGUAAGGCCGUAGCCGACGAGAUGAAAGGAUUAAUCGAGGAGCACACGAAGUAA